UACCAUUUUCUUCGACAUUGAGAGGGAGAAGUGGCGAACCCUCUAUUAAGAAACAAUUGGUUGGAUAUGCGUCAACUGUCUAUUCGAAUGGAGCUACAGUGGGAGCAGCCAAAGCCAUAAUAAUAGAAAUAAAAAAAAGGAGGAAGACAAAAUAG